CACGCGAUGUCUUGCAACAACCUCCAGUACACCCCUCUCAGCGAGAUCCCGGAAAUCUAUGCUCGCGUCACUAAGACGUUCAAGGCUGGUACUACCAGGCCUUUGAGUUACCGACGCCAUCAGUUGCUGCAGCUCGCGCGUAUGAUGCAGGAGAACAUCGUCACAAUCGAGGAUGCGCUAUUGGCAGACCUCGGCAAGCAGCGACAAGAGUCCACCGUCACAGAACUUACGCCCAUUAUCCAGGGCAGUAUCAACGCUGCUGAGAGCUUGGAGGAGUGGGCGAAGCCUGAGAAGCCCAAGGUCGAGGCGUGGAGAAGCUCGUGGGACACCACGAUCUAUCAUGUGCCCAAGGGCGUUGUAUUGCUCAUCUCGCCCUGGAAUUACCCGAUCAUCUUGACAUUCCUUGGGCUCAUCGGUGCCAUAGCCGCAGGGUGUCCUACCGUCAUCAAGCCGUCGGAGUGCACGCCAACGGUUGCCGCCGUUAUGGCUGAUUUGGUGCCCAAGUACCUCGACCCCGCUGCCUACGCGGUCGUGAACGGUGCCGUGGAAGAGACCAAGAUGCUCCUUGACCUGCAGUGGGGGCACAUCUUCUUCACCGGUAGCACGAGGAUUGGUCGCAUCGUCGCCACAGCUGCAGCUAAAUAUGUCACUCCCGUGACACUAGAACUCGGUGGCAAGAGCCCCGUGAUCGUCUCGCCCGACUAUGACCUGGAGCUUGCCGCUAAGCGCAUACUUUACGGCAAGGUUCAGAAUGUUGGUCAACUCUGCGUCUCGCCCGACUAUGUUCUCGUGCCACGGUCGGUCUAUAAGCCGUUCGUAGAGGCGCUAAAGAAGACAUACGCUUCCUUCUUCCCCACCGAUCCGCUUGACAAGGAGUCGAAGUGGGGCAAGAUCGUGAACGAGCCCAAUUACAGGCGCGUCAAGGGUCUCAUCGAGGAGACCAAGGGCGACGUCAUACUGGGUGGCAAGUGGGACGACACCAGGCUGAGGGUUGCCCUCACCGUCGUUAGCGAGGUGAAGCUUAACGAUCCGUUGAUGGAAGAGGAGCUGUUCGGCCCAAUCCUCCCCAUUGUUGAGGUUGAGGACGUUGAUGAGGCUGUCCAGAUCGUCGCUGAUAGGCCAUACCCACUGGUCAUCUACACGUUCAGCAACAGCAAUGAGGUCAAGGAGAAGAUCACGAAUCGUACCAACAGCGGCACCUUCGUUUUCAACGACACUCAAAUGCAGCUUGCAGUUCACGAAAUUCCCUUCGGAGGACAUGGCGAAUCAGGCUAUGGCGGCUACAUGGGCAAGGACAGCUACAACAUCUUCACGCACCGCCGGGGAUAUAUCAAUGUCCCGACCGAGAUGGAACCGUUCUACGCCUACCGCUAUCUGCCCUAUAGCGAAGAGAGCUACAAGGUCAUGACUCAAGGCGCUCGCGUCAAGAUACCGGAGGCCUAAAAAGAUGAUUUACCUUCCAUAAAUGACGGGUCAUUGCGCCGCUGUGAGUUGCACUGCUGGACUCGGACUGUCACAUGCUCUCCUUGCUAUAUUGUGCUUUUGUAUUACAUUUGACUAAUCGUUUUAUGUCGGGAGUCUUGGCGUGUUUGUAUGUACUUUUCCCGGUGGCCUGGUAUGUUGUAGAAUUGGGAAAUCUAUAUAAAUGACUUUC